AUGAUCAGUAGAAUACUUCUAAACUUAAUGAUGCUACAGAGUAUUCUGACAAAAAUAACAGUAGAAGACAUAAAGAGAGUCAGUGUGACUUCUAUUGGCAAGAACCAGGAUGUGAUUAUUAACCCAGAAGGGCCUUUGAAUCUUCUGCGUGGAUAUAUUGGGCAAAGAAGCGGACACAUGAACAACAAACGGUUUUAUUCCUCUGAAAUAGAAACCAACUAUUCGUUGCGUGAGAAUGGGUUAUCUAUUACAAAACAACAAAAUUACGACUUUAAGCGAACACCAGCUAAUGACAGGGUGUAUAAAGACAUUGCCACACAGGCUCCUAAUGGCAAGUAUCUCAGCGCGUACCAUGAACAGCUCAUAAAGAUGUUUCCUUCAGAAAAGGGAGACCUUUCCAUUGAGGCAGGAAGGUCAAAUGCACUUACGAACUUCUUAAGAGCUAAACACGUCAAGAAGGAUGCAAAAUACAUUCUUGCAGCACUUCUUCUCCUUUCAGAAGGUGUUGACAUUAAAAUAGCAGUAGAGCAUGGAGAGGACAUGAAGUGUCUUGUCAUAAAACGUAAGGCAUCCAAAGAUAAUAACUUUGUGAGCAUAUUAAUGCAUACUGCGGGUAUAGACACAGCCACUAAUGAGCAUAGCUAUAUUAUUUACCAAAGUGAAGUGGCCGAAAUUAUUGACUUCUAUAGACAGUGCAGAGCCAGUCCACUGCUAAAAAAAGGAGGCGAGUUUGCAAUGCCAACUACCAAAAAAGAGUUUGAGAGUGGGAAAUUUCUGAAUAAUGCACGCUUUCUUAUACAGGCAUACAUAUAUGAAUUUAUUGACACUGUAGAGGAUUAUACAAGCUUUGUGAAUGCAGUGCAUGAGCUUCUUUCUGAUCAAAUGACUGAGAAAAGCAAUCUAAACGACAACACCAGAGUAUUUAACGAGCUCUUCAUAGAAAAAAGUGCGCAGAGCAAAAGUAUAAAGUAUACUACACCUUUCGAUGACUUAGUGAAUGCCGCAUAUAAAGAUGCUAAUUUCCCAUUUUAUAGUGCUACUCAGCUACCAGCAUACAUUAGAGUGCCGCAAUGCAAACUAGACAAGACUGAUUUUGUGAAAGAAAAAGCCAUAUACUACAACAGCCGCGUAGAGACAGCCCUUCUAGGGCUAUUCUGCUGUCUGGCAUACAACCCAAGGACAAAAAGUUAUCAGACCAGCCACAUGGGAAAAGGAAUAAGUAAAGAGCUGAAGGAAUUCUUUGAAAUAUAUUCUAAGCCAACAGAAAGCAUUGGCUUUGAAAUGCACAAGGAGUGGAGUAAAGUUGUUGCUUGCUUAAAGAACGAUAAAAUUAACUAUAAGCAGGAAAGGAACGAACUCUGCUCUGGAGUUGCAAAUAUAUUUUUAGCAAUUGCAGAAAUAACAGGACAGAAGAAAGACACGGAGGAACUAGUUAGGUAUAUAGAGAUUGCAUGCAGAUUAGGAAGGUUAAAUUUUGACGAUGAUAGCGAGGUUGGUAUUUAUGAUGCUAUGGAGUCUAUUAUUAUGUCUCUAUCGCAGAAUAAGGAUAUAGAACUAGAUUGCAGCAUGCUGAAGCCCGGAAAGAGGUCAAAUGGAAAGGCAGAUCUCUUUGGUAAAAUUAAAAUUGUUUAUACAUUUGAUAAAAAACGUAAUGGAAUUGCUUUGAAUGUAGAAAGUAAUGAUGCUAGUCUUGCUCUUCUUUCAUUUCCACGUGCUAGUUCUAAGUGCAUUGAAGAAAUGUAUAAAAAAAUAGGAAACAUUUACAACGGAAUGAACAGCUACACAGGAUAUAUUGCUACUAAUUAUUCUGUUAUGGAAAUAGACAAUUUAAGAAUGAAUAGAGAAACACGCUUAGAUGGCUAUAGCAAAAAUAUUAUAGCACUUCUGAACAAUGAAUCUAAAGAUGUUUCUAAAGUAUUCUUGUUAGGAAAGCCUCUUGAUAUUGAGUAUAAGUAUCUGUUUGUGAUUAAAUUUAUGCUCUACUCGCUGCAAAAAGAUUUUCCUGCAACUCAUCCUUUCACACGCAUCUCUGCAAACAUGUUAGGAAGUGUGCCACUGGAUGACAAUCAUACAAUGCGGAAUAUGACGUAUCUGUUCCCAUUUCACCCAAGAUGGCAGGUAUACUAUCCCAACCUUGGAUAUAAGCCAUCCCAGCAUCUGCCCAGAGAAAAACAUGGUAGAGUCAACUUGUUUUACAACUAUAGGCGUAUAUUAGUUUCGGAGAGUGUUGAUAUUGCAGUUAAAUGUAUUGAAACCUAUCUAACAAUGGGAGAAAAAUAUUGUACUGACAUGUUUUACACAUUAUCUAAUGCCAUAAUAUGUAGAAUGUUUUUAAAUCAUGUAGUAGAGGAGGGAAAAAUACCCAUAAUUUCCAAGCUUCACACCAUAAUUGAAAGAUACAAAACUCCUAAAGAUGCAGAGUAUGUUAAUGACAUCUACAUGACUUUGUUUGUUUAUGCAUGCUGCGACCAUCCAAAAAAACAGAAAUUUAUUAAGCUAACGUACAGCCUUAUAAACUUUGAUGAUUUGCGGAAUCCUAAAGUCUUUAAUCCUGUCAUAGAUUUAGCCCUUAUUGCAAAAGUUUUACUAGUCGUAAAAACAGAAAAAGACUUGCUGCAUUUAAAAAGUGACAUACAAAGUAAACAAAACUAUGAUACGAUGCUAGAAUAUCUAUCAUGUUCAAAAUCCAAAUAA